AUGGAAGCUUCACCAACUCUUCUUCUUCUUCUUCUUCUUCUUCUAGUAAUUGUGCUUUAUUUGAUUGUCUCAACUGGAAAAUAUUAUUGGCGCAACACUAGUGUACCGAAAACGUAUCCGGUAAUCGGAUGCAUAAUUUCAUUCUAUAGCAACCGAAACCGGUUACUGGAUUGGUACACGGAGCUCUUAAACGAAUCCCUAAGUGGGACAGUAGUCAUUCGCCGCUUAGCUGCCAGGAGAACCGUGGUGACGGCGAACCCCUCCAACGUCGAGUAUAUCCUCAAAACAAACUUCGACAACUAUCCCAAAGGCAAACCCUUUACGGAUAUUCUCGGCGAUUUUCUCGGCAACGGCAUUUUCAACGUCGACGGAAACCUCUGGUUGAGGCAGCGGAGACUUGCUACUCACGAUUUCACCCCAAAGUCUCUGAGAUAUUACGUCACCGUUUUGAGGAACGAGGUCGACCACGAGCUCUUACCGUUUCUAGACGCUGCUGCUGCGGGAGGCUCAAAACAACAACAAGUACCCUUUGAUCUCCACGAGCUUCUCCGUAGAUUCUUUUUCAAUGUUGUUUGCAUCGUUUUCCUCGGGAUCGAUGAUGAUCGAUGCUGCUUAGACCCGUCCUCGCCGGUUUCUGACUUCGACCGAGCGUUCCAGACAGCUUCUGCCGUUAGCGCUGGACGCGGUUCCGCACCGCUCUCUUUCGUUUGGAAGUUGAAGAGACUGGUCGGGUUCGGAUCUGAGAAGGAGCUCAGAACCGCUGUCCGAGAAGUUCAUCGCUGCGUCGAUGACAUCAUUCGAGAGAAGAAGAAGAAGAGGAAGACCACCACCAACCACGAUGAAUACGAUUUUCUCUCGCGGUUGAUCGCCGCCGGAGAAAGCGACGAGACUGUCAGAGAUAUGGUCAUCAGUAUUGUGAUGGCGGGGAGGGACACCACAUCUGCGGUCACCACGCGGCUGUUCUGGUUCAUCACCACCGGUCCUUGCAUGAAGGAAACCGAGCACGAUCUGGUUAAUGAAAUCCGAUCGGUUAAGGGGGGUUUGGGUUUCGAUUACGAAACACUCAAGAAACUGAGUUUGUUGAAAGCUUGUUUGUGUGAAGUGAUGCGGUUGUAUCCUCCGGUGCCGUGGGACUCCAAACACGCUUUAUCCGAUGACAGGCUACCAGACGGUACGGAGGUGCGUGCCGGAGACCGGGUAACGUAUUUUCCAUAUGGUAUGGGGAGAAUGGAGGAGCUUUGGGGUGAAGAUUGGGAUGACUUCAAACCAAACCGGUGGCUCGUUGAUAAUAAAACCUGCAGACUUGUUUUGAAGAAGGUGAAUCCGUUUAUGUUUCCGGUUUUUCAAGCCGGCCCAAGGGUUUGUCUCGGGGAAGAGAUGGCAUACGUGCAGAUGAAAUAUGUUGUCGCUUCCAUACUUGACCGGUUUGUGAUUGAACCGAUCCCUGCUGAUAAACCGAAACUGAGUUUGUUGAAAGCGUGUUUGUGUGAAGUGAUGCGGUUGUAUCCUCCGGUGCCGUGGGACUCCAAACACGCUUUAUCCGAUGACAGGCUACCAGACGGUACGGAGGUGCGUGCCGGAGACCGGGUAACGUAUUUUCCAUAUGGUAUGGGGAGAAUGGAGGAGCUUUGGGGUGAAGAUUGGGAUGACUUCAAACCAAACCGGUGGCUCGUUGAUAAUAAAACCUGCAGACUUGUUUUGAAGAAGGUGAAUCCGUUUAUGUUUCCGGUUUUUCAAGCCGGCCCAAGGGUUUGUCUCGGGGAAGAGAUGGCAUACGUGCAGAUGAAAUAUGUUGUCGCUUCCAUACUUGACCGGUUUGUGAUUGAACCGAUCCCUGCUGAUAAACCGGUUUUUGUGCCAAUGCUCACGGCUCACAUGGCUGGUGGGAUGCAAGUCCGCGUUCGUCGGAGGGAUCCUUCUCGUUGA